AAGCUUGGUCAUUUCGCGCCGAACCUCCGCGCGCGACGAACGUGUCGCGACGCUUGCAGUGCUGAGCGCGUUUCCGAUGUUUCCGUGUUGUCCGUUGUGCUUCUAUUGACAGAUCUGUGUGAUUGUGCUAUGGAAUCUGUUUGUGUGUUUAGGUCCUCCUGAAGGGCUGAUUUUGUGUGAUUUACCCGCCACUGGAAUUAUUGUAAUCGGUACAGGCAGUAGGAAUGCUGAAGCACGUGGCGGUGUCGCCGCACCGUGCGCGCGCCGACUCUGUCAGCCUCUCCUCCUCCGCGUCAUGCUGCAGCCUCGGCAGCCUCGAGAACCGACACGACUCUGUCACCGACCUGUCGCAUCGCACGACUACAAUAAAAGUGUACGCGCGCUGUCUCCGACCAGACAUCGAGUACAAGACCCUGUCAGUGACCUGGGGCACCAGAGCCAAGGAGGUGGUAGCCACUCUCCUGGGGAAGUUCCGCAUGAGGCACCGAGACCCUCGGCUGUUCUACCUGAGCAUGGAGGUGCGGGUGCGAGCGGCGGGGCUCCGGACCACCCUGGUGUUGGAUGAUGAUGCCAGGCCUGCCGCUUUGCAGGCUUGCCACCCUAAGGGAUACUCUAAGUUCUCGCUACAAAUGCGUCCAGGUGGCCUCGUGAAAAUCUACGACUCUGCUCUGAUGUCCUCCUCCCAGUACAAGUGUCUGCUGACCAGUGAGCGGACCACUGCUGAUGAGCUGCUGGCGAUACUGCUGCACUGCUAUGACUCUACUGAGGGUGUUGAAAGAUUUUCGCUAUAUGAGGUGUGCCCAUCCCAAGAAUAUGAGCGAAAACUUCACCCGGACGACUUACCUCUAUUAGUGCAGCGUUCCUGGCCCCAGGAUACUGACUGCCACUUCCGCGUCAGAAGAAAUCCAAGGGCUCCUCCGCUCCCUCCAAGGAUGACCCUCCCCUCACUUCCUCUUUCCCUUCCCUUGCCCUCCCCAACAGACUCCCAAGAGGACGACGAACCUUCUAGAGCCUUAUCAGCCUUAUCCUUAGAAGCUGACGACAAAAGGUACAGCCCAGUAUACAAGUUCCCCAGCAUUAGCUACUGCAGGGAGACCAAGAACGACUACCUUUACAUCUGACUAGCAAUCAACCUAAUCAGGAUGAAAGGUCUUAUGUCUAGAAAAAGGACAGGGAAAAAGAGACUCUUGUGAUGUGUAAAUAAAGAACAGUUUCGUGUUAAGUGUAAAUAAGGAGUGGUGCGGUCAAACCAAAGAGGUUUAUGUGUAGGAGUAGGUAUAAAAUAUGGCUUGCAAUUUGUGCCGAAAAUUAUGAGAGGUUAUGUAAAAAUGAGGGUAUUUUGAGAAAAGUUUGUAAUAUGCAAGGAAUAUUUAUAGUUUAUCUAAUUUUAUAAUGCCCCUAUAAAAUUAUAAUGUUAGAUCUAAUCAUAUGGCAUUUUUAAAUUGGAUUUACUGUACAAUUCGCGAUGAUAUUCCUUUGAAUUUUGUUGAAUAAUGUGUGUCAAAAUGCAUUAUAGCAGUAUCUAAAUGUAAACACCUACCUAUGUAUUUUUACAGAAAAUCCUGUACGUAAUCAAUUUAAAACAUUUCAGUAAAUUUUUGGUUUUUAUAGCAAUCUAGUCUUCUCAAAUCUGCACCUAAUUUAUCAAAGCAACAGGGUUACUUUGAGUUUUGCAAAUGGUACACUCUCCUGAUAUUUUCAAGUUGAACUACAAUUUUUAAAUUAAUUGUUACAGGUAAAAUUAAAUAUCCUUUGCUUUAAUGGUGAAAGAAAGCAUUGUGAGAAAACCUGCACGCCUGAGAGUUCU